AGCUCGGUUCUCGGUUGUCCAGAGAGGCCAGCGUUGACGUGACGUGUCUUUUCGUGGCACUUGCGGUAAAUUUUAACAGAAUUGGUGUUACGAUUUGGUGGCACAAGUUUACCUCGUUCGGGUAACAUAAGGUGCCAGAGGUAGUUGUAUAAAUUGAUAGUUGAAGCAUAAUAUAACAAAAAAUGGUAAAACCUGUGAGAAAGUCGUCAAACAAAAAUCCACCAAUUUUGAGUCAUGAAUUUGUAAUUCAAAAUCAUGCAGAUAUCGUUUCUUGUGUGGCGAUGCUGUUUGUUGUGGGGCUCAUGGUUCAGGCAACAUCCCCCAUUGCCUCUAUUUUCAUUACCCUGCAACACAAUGUAACUGAGGCUGGCGAAAUACCACUAUACAGUCCUGGUGUGAAAGACUGGGCAUGUGUUUUCUUCUACAGUUUAAUUUGUAUCGUAAUUCAUGCCAUCAUACAGGAAUAUGUGCUAGAUAAAAUUUCCAAAAAACUGCACCUGUCCAAAUCAAAGCUAGCAGUCUUUUCCACCAGUGGCCAAUUGGCGGUGUUCUAUCUGAUAUCGGCAGGCUGGGGCGUUGAUUUGGCCAUAAAGGAGCACUUCAUUCCAGACAUAGCUCGUUUGUGGUCCGAUUACCCAGCACCUAUGCCCUUUAUGCUCAAACUGUACGUCAUUGUCCAACUGGCUUAUAAUCUCCAUGAGAUUCCAGAACUGUACUUCCAACGGACAAAGAGGGAAGAAUAUACGGGAAAGGCUGUUCAAAGCAUCACUGCCCUCGUGUUGAUUUACGUACCUUAUUUAUUAAAUUUCAACCGUUUGCUUGUAUGCCUUUUGGUACUACAUCAUACAUCCGAGCUAUUCAACCAUAUUUCUCAACUAAUCCAAACUGUGGAUAAGGAUGAGAAAUUUACGAAAGGUACAAGAUUGGUGUCCAACAUCUUACAAAUACUCGCUCGUUUGGGAAGCAUCAUUUUAGCCAUCUUAACACUAUUUUACGGCUUCGCUUUGGGUGAACAACACGCCCUCGACAUUCAAGCUGGUUACUUUAAUGUCCCUGUCGUUCGUUUUGCCGUUUUGGGUGGAGUUCUUCUUUUGCAAAUGUAUUUGACGUUCAAAGUCAUCAGUCAAGAAAUAGCGAGAUCUCGCGAGAGCAAAGGCCUAACCGUGGUGCCGAAAACCAAGACUCAAAGGAAAGACAAAUCCAAGAAAAGUAAGAAGAGCGACGAAUCCGACUUGCCGGAAGUAGAUCAGAACACCAACAAGACUUUAAGGAAACAAAAAGUGAAAUAAUUUGAAUUUCCUGUAAUUUUGUUAUUUUCUUCUUAAAUUACUUUUGUAAAAUGUGUAAGAUUGACCGUCACUUUGUCUCUCAAGUUGUUAAAUUUUGUUGUUUGUUUUUCGACGUAGAAAAAAUUAUUCAAUAUUUGGAUAAACAGUUUGUUUUAUAUAAAAUAAAAAAAUAUUUUCCCGUAUCAUAUUGAUUAAAUUGUAUGUUGAUUGUAUGUUUUUGAGAUUGUCUAAACAUUAUUUUUUAAAUAAACUUUCUAAACUGUA